AUGUCGAACGAGAAUCUCAUUACCGUUACCUACCAGGAUCGAGUAGCGAUUGUGACACUCAACCGGCCUGACAAGCUAAACGCUCUCAAUGCCGACCUAUACUACCUUCUAGGCGACCGUCUACGCGAGAUUGACUCAAGAGAGGAUAUUUUCAUUACAGUGCUGACCGGAAAAGGACGUUUCUUCUCCGCCGGAGCCGAUGUAACUAGCGUACGCCCUGGUAGCGACGGUACCAACGCGAACGUGCGCCGCGAGCUAGUAAAGAGCUUUGUCGCAAAUAACGUUGAUGUCACCCGCACCUUCUACAGCCACUCCAAGAUCCUCGUUGUUGCACUGAACGGGCCCGCCGUCGGUCUUUCAGCAGCACUAGUCGCCCACGCUGACUUCAUCUACGCUGCCCCGCACACUUUCAUUCUGACUCCCUUCUCCUCGCUUGGUCUCGUCGCCGAAGGCGGCGCUAGUCGUGCCUUCGUCGAGCGCCUCGGCAUCGCCAAGGCAAAUGAGGCACUCAUCAUGAGCAAGCGAAUUACCUGUGACGAGCUUGUUUCGACUGGCUUCGUGAAUAAGGUUAUUACGCCCGAGUCCGGAAAGAAGGAGGAUUCUGAUGGGUUCUUGAAGAAGGUGCUUGAGGAGGUCGAUGACCAUCUUGGUACACACUUGAACCAGACUAGUCUGUUGAAGAUUAAGGAGCUGGUAAGACGGCCUGAGAGGGAGCUUUUGGAUCGCCAGAAUGGUCUCGAGGCGUUUAUGGGGCUUGAGCGCUUUAUGAAGGGAACCCCGCAGGAAGAGUUCCGGAGAUUGGCGUCUGGUGAGAAGAGGCAUAAACUUUAG